UCUGCGGGGCCAUAUUUCUGUACAACCCUGCUAUCCCUUCAAACCUAUCUUACAAAAGUCAAUCGUCGCCAUUGAUUACACCGAGCAUGGUCUUCUAUCCUCAGAUCAUCAAAGACUGCGGUCCAAUUCCAAACGAUGUCAUCAUUCCCGAGUGGAUCUUCGCUGCUCGCCGACAAGAUGGCGCUAAGGUGGCAUUCAUCGACAGUGUAACAGAUGAGCACCGCACCUGGGUCGAUGUCCAAAAAAGGUGUCGGCUGCUUGCUCGAGGUCUAGCAAAGCAAUUCAACAUCGAUGUGACAUCUUCCGAGGCGACCAUCUUCGGCAUCAUCACUCCCAACAACAUUGAAGUGCCCAUCGCUGUUUGGGGCGCUCAAUUGGCAGGAGGCACAGUAACUGGCAUGAACCCUGCGUAUACCCCCUCGGAGAUCAAGUAUCAGUCGGAGGUCACACAAUUGACUGCCUGUUACACUUGCAAGGACAUGUUGGACGUCGUCAAAGCGGGCUGUCCCAAGAACGUUAAGAUUAUUCUUCUUGAUGGAGUAGCUGAGGGCUGCCUCAAUAUCAACCAGCUCAUCAAGCUUGGAGAAUCGUCACCAGAGAUUCCAAGGAUCGUGUUGAAGCCUGGCGAGAACCGCAAGCGACUUGCCUUCCUCUCCUUCUCGAGCGGCACGACUGGCAAGCCGAAGGGUGUCAAGAUUUCCCACUACAAUGUCAUUGCCAAUUCCAUUCAGAACCGCGAGUUUUACUUCCAGGGAAAGCCCAAGCAGGAGCUCGCUACGAGCUUAGCAUUGAUUCCACUGUUCCACAUCUACGGCCUAGUGGUGAUUAUGCAUACCGAGAUCUUGGUGGGUAACACUGUCUGCAUGGUGCCUAAAUUCGAUCUCAACAAUUUUCUCGACUGCACAGAGAAGUACAAGAUAUCCAUCAUGUUCCUGGUGCCUCCUCUUGUCGUACGACUGACCAAAGAUCCUGAAGUCGCCAAGCGAGGCAAACCACUGAAGGAUGUCAAGAUGAUCUUCUGCGGUGCUGCACCUCUAUCGGCGCAGUUGCAAGGCGAACUCCGCAAAGCUGUUCACCCAGAUGCUAUCGUCCGUCAGGGUUACGGUAUGACGGAAACAUGCACAACAGCAACAAUCGUGCAUGAUUCCGACCAGUGGGAUGGCUCUGUGGGUGUUGCCAUCCCCAACGUCUCUCUCAAGCUGGUCGACCAAGAAGGCAAAGAAGUGACUGAGUACGACAAACCUGGAGAGCUCUGGGUGCGUGGUCCCAGUGUGACUUCUGGCUACUAUAAGAACCAGAAGGCGACAGAUGAGUGUUACUUGCCAAUUGAAAAUGCAGAGGAAAGAUUCGGAGACAUCUGGCUUCGCACAGGCGACGAAGCUGUUGUGCGCGUGUCGCCAAAAGGCUUUGAACACUUUUUUAUUGUCGAUCGUCUCAAGGAGCUCAUCAAGGUCAAGGGCCUGCAAGUCGCACCUGCUGAGCUCGAAGCUGCACUGCUUGAUCAUCCCGAUAUUGCAGACGCUGCCGUCAUUGGCAUUCCUGACGACUACUCUGGUGAACUGCCCAAGGGCUUUGUGGUGUUACACGCAGGUGUCGAACGCAACGAUGCUACAAUCAAGAGCAUUUGCAAACACAUUGAGGAUACCAAAGCUCGUUUCAAGUGGAUCAAGCCGGCCAACAUUGAAUUUCUGGACGUCGUGCCCAAGUCUGCCAGCGGAAAAAUUCUCAGGAAGGAUCUCAGGCUGCUGGGGAAGAAGCCAGAAGCAAAGCUCUAGACGUACAUGUACAUAAGAUGGUGCAGGUAGUUACAGUCCAUUCAUCAUGUUGUUUCCAGGUUGUUGCCGUCCGCAGACUCGGACGUGCCAAGGUGUCAACCCAUCUCAUCGCGUAUGCUCCUCAAGCGCGACGGUAACGGACUCAAUCGAGCGCGCCUUUGACUUGAUCUACAGAUUAUGCUGUAACAAGUGGAAAGCCGAGCUCGUUCAAAGAUGGCCGACAAAGAGGCGACAGUCUUCGUUGUCGAUGUGUCCAGCGCCAUGGCCGCUCGCCGCGAUGACCUAGGCAUCACAAACAUGGAGUGGGUCAAGCAGUACAUCAUGUAUAAGAUUGGGCCCAAGGUCUUUGCCGGCAGGAAAACGGACUACGUAGCCAUGGUGUGUGCUGGCAGUGAUAGGACCAAAAAUGCCAUGCAAG